AUGUUAAAUUAAUGCCUCAAAUAUUUUUAUAAUAAGCAAUACACUCUGAUUUCGAUUGAAGGUAAUAUUGGAUCUGGAAAAAGCACUUUGCUUAAAUUAUUAUAACAUAAUUAUCCAUAAGUAAUGUAUCUAGAUAUAUUCAUAGUUACAUUACUUACCAGAACCAGUUAAGGAAUGGUAAUAAAUAAAUGGUAAUCCUAAACAUAAUAUACUUGAAUCUUUUUAUAAGGAUCCAAAUCGUUGGGCAUAUACAAUGCAAAACUAUGCAUUCUAUAGUAGAUUAAAACAUUGGAAAUAAGUUAUGACUAAUUUGGAUAAAUCAAUUAUUUUAAGUGAAAGAAGCAUUUAAGCAGAUAAAGAGAUCUUUGCUAUUAAUGGAUAUCAAAAUGGUUUAAUGAAUUAAAUGGAAUUUGCUAUUUAUGAGUAAUUUUAUAAUUGGUUACUUGAAGAAGUUUUUGGAAAAUUAAUCUCAAAAUAAUUAAUUAUUUAUUUAUAGGUUAAACCAAAUAUUUGUUUGGAACGAAUGCUAAAAAGAUCUAGAAAUGAAGAAAGAGUAUAUAUUAUGUACAUUUUUAGAAUUCUAUUUCCUAUGAAUAUUUGUUAUAAAUUCAUUAAAGACAUGAAGAAUGGCUAUUAGGUUCUUAAAAUAAGAAUUAAGAAAUCUUAGUAUUAAAUGGAGAUAAAGAAUUUGAAGGUGAUAGCGAAUAAUAGCAAAUAAUGUUUGAUUAAAUAAAUUAAUUCUUUUCUGGAUUAAUUUGA